CGUCAAACGUCGUCCCCCUUUGCUCAUGCCAUGCGCACUGUCGCUUGUUGUUGUUGUUAUUGAACUGGUCGUUAUGGUUGAACGAGGCCUCGGACUGAACUGAGAGAGGACCCCCACCACGGGACGACCCGCCAUCCAUGGAGGGCACAGACAUGGACGUGGACGCGGAGCUCAUGCAGAGGUUCAGCUGCAUGGGCACCACGGACAAGGACGUCCUUAUAUCGGAGUUCCAGAGGUUGCUGGGCUUCCAGCUCAACCCGGCCGGCUGCGCCUUCUUCCUGGACAUGACCAACUGGAACCUUCAGGCUGCUAUUGGUGCAUAUUAUGACUUCGAAAGCCCCAGUGUCAACACACCAUCCAUGUCCUUUGUUGAAGAUGUGACAAUUGGAGAAGGAGAAUCCGUUCCUCCAGAUACGCUGUUCACAAAGACCUGGAGAAUACAAAACACAGGUGCAGAGUCAUGGCCACCAGGGGUUUGUCUCAAAUACAUUGGAGGGGAUCAGUUUGGGCAUGUAAACUCCGUUAUGGUGAAGUCUCUAGACCCACAGGAAAUUUCAGAUGUGAGUGUACAGAUGAGAAGUCCUACAAAUCCAGGCAUGUACCAGGGUCAGUGGAGGAUGUGUACAGCACCUGGAUUAUUCUACGGAGAUGUGAUCUGGGUGAUUCUUAGUGUAGAAGUCGGGGGUCUCCUUGGCGUGACUCAGCAGCUUUCUUCCUUUGAGACGGAAUUCAACACGCAACCGCAGCGCAACGUGCAGGGAGAUUUCAACCCGUUUGCCUCGCCACAGAAGAACAAGCAUGAUGCCACUGACAGCAGCUUCAGAGACCCUGGAGGAACCUGGGAGCCUACACAAGAGCCAAUCCAGCAAGAUCAGAAUGGACUGUCUCAUAAUGCUGUAAACAGGGCGUCAAAUGGUCUCCAAACAAAUCUUUCCGUGGUGACUUAUGGCCAGAAAAGUACCCCAAAGCAUGAUGUUUCCACCUCCUUGCUUCACGGUUAGGAUGCUGUUCUUGGGAUUGUACUCAUCCAUCUUCUUCCUCCAAACACGGGUAUUCAUGGUCCCUAUCCAUUUGGAAAGAGCUAGAAAGACAAAGACCCCCCCACACCCAUGAUGAAUGAUGAGCUCAGCAUCAUGGGAAUCCCUAAAUGAAGAGGAGUUAGAGGGGGGAGGAACUCUUACUUUCUUUUUUUAUGGACUCAUGACAACUCUCCCUGAAACCUUUAUGGACCUUUCAACAGACAGUCCAACAGUGACCUGAUGGAUCUCAUGUACUACUACAGUAAAACAUUCGACCCGACAUGGGUUCACCUGUGUGAAUGAUUCAUUUCAGAGUGUUUUAAGCCUCUAAAGAUGGAUACACAAGAAUAUUUUUAUUUUAACUUGUAAGAUCUGCCUAAUUAAGGAGAAAAUCCCCCUAAAAAAGCUGACAUACAACUGUUACUCCCAGGGGCAGCUGAAUAAUUUCUCUCUUUGGGGUUUCUGUUUAAUAUUAUUUUUUUAAAUGAUUGACAUUGCUCAACAAAGUGGCAAGAAUCAUAGAUCAUUUGAAGUGUUUUUACAUGGGUUACAAUAAGGUAUCAUCUUUUAUCCACAACACCAUUCUGGUUUGAUUAGACUUUGGUUGGGAAGUCCUUUGAAUCAUGAAAAUACUGACUUGUCCAACUAGGCAGACUUUAGGCGGACAUUCAAGAGUUUUUGUAGAAGUUCUCAAUCAUUUCUCUUAUUGUUCAAAAGCUACAACAUUCUGAUUUGUUGAGCCAAAAAGGGGUAUAUCCCAGGAGAAAAAAUAGAGGAUUGUCCUUGCGAAGUUUAAGAUGUACUACAUUCAGCAACUGGCUUUCAUCAUAUUAAGUCUGAUUGUGACCUUUGAAAUGUACCGUUUGUUGAAAUUUAAAACUUGGAGUGGGGAGUUUAGACUUCCUGAGCCUGAUCAGAAAACUCAUAGAUAUGUUUUGAUCUGAGAGAAGAUGGUUUUAAUUAGUCUCAUGCAUGAAGAUUUUGGGUUUUUAUCCAAAUAUUUGUUUCCCAAGCUGCAACACUAAACGUUGUCACACUAAGCACUCCCAUCUACCAUUCUUAUCAAUGAAUGUCAGAGCUGGUCUUAAAUAUCAGUUAUUUUGUCUGUAUGAUCCCGAUUCUUCCCAAAGAUAAAACCUAGAGAGCCAAGACACUAACCUGUGCUGUCAUCAAGCAUUACAAUGUGAAUCUGCCCGAAUCAAUUUGCAUUGGACAGUGUGCGGUUUCUAGGGUGGGUUUUCACCUUAAACAGAUGCUAAAGUGCAAAAUGGAAGCGAGUGAGUUUGAGUAAGAUGGGUUGAAAAAGCCAUUUAAAUCUAUUUUGCCUGGUGAGUGGCUGUAGUUGGAGUCCAUGUGUACAGGAUGUUUAGUAAAUAUAAAAUGUAUGCGCAAGUGUGCCUGUUGUGUGUAUCUCAAUGGUUUCUCCUUGGAUUUAACUGACGUAAAAUCGUGUAUACUACUUGGGUGAAGGAUGAAUGGACACAUACACAUCAUUAUAGAGAGAGCUUUAAACGUUAUGUACCUCAGAAGUAUUUUUGGGUGAUCUAUUUGAAUGAACUUUCCACAAGUACCCUGAUGUUAUUUAUUUAUUGUCUUUUUGUGCGCUUCAGAUUGAAAAUGUUUUUAUUGACAGCCAGGAGGUGGUGCUAAAAAUCAAAAAGACAAACCUGAGAUCGUGAUAAGAACCUUGUGAGGUAAAAAGUUUCGGAGUGAGCUUGGUACAACAUAUUAGUUAUAAUGGUUUGCAUCAGCAUUGUUAGCACUGGUGUUUUGUUUUCUAAUAUUUGCACUAUGCUGUCAAACACCUCUGCUGAGGGAGAAAAAAGUUUUAAUUACUUUUUUUAAAGUUGGGAUUGUGACACCAGCAUUUUCCAGAAAAAUCCUUUCAGUUUUGUUCUUCUUAUCCCACAGACUCCACUCUAGGCCAUAAAGGUUAAAAAUACCAGUUUGAUCGCUGCACAGAAAAAAAAUCUGAUGUUAUAAAUAAACAUUUGCCUUUUGUUUAGAUCACUUGAAUGAGAUUGUUUGCUGUUACACCUGAAGCUGUACGUCAGCUUUAACAUGUUUAUCAUGUCUGUCUGUGAUUUUCAUGUAUGUUUGAAUGAAAAAUAAAAUGGACAACGUUAUUAACAGAA